AUGUACGCCUCACAGUUACGUACGAGAGACGAGAUCCUAUCGAUUCGCGCGGCUGAGCGCAAGUACGCGAAGCAGGUGCAGCUCGCGCACGCGACGCUCAUCGUCGUGCGCGAAGAGCUGGCGACAUGCUACCGAGAGAACGGCGUGAACCACAAGAUGGCCUGCAAGAGCCUUCGUGACGAGUACGCCAAGCUCAUUCAAGACCCUACGCAUGGCGCUGGCUACCCGACACGACCACAAUUGUAG